AUGGCUGCGACGCAAGCCGAGAGCCAACAAAACGAUGUGAAGCUGAGCGAGUCCGUGAAAUGCGCACAGAAGCGUACGCAAGUCGGUGGGAAUAGUGCGAGUGCCAGUGCGAAGCAGCAGCUGGAUCCGGAGCCGGACGAUAAAGUGUCCCGGGGCGCGGCCCAGCUGCUUAAAUAUGUGAAUCGCGGCGGGGACAACACGGGCUACGAGAUGAGUCAAUACCGCGAGGACAUUGGACACACUGCUGCCGGUGAGGUAAAAUCACCGCGCGAGGUUGGCCAGGCGCCUCAGGAGCCCGUCGGCAAGCAAGAGGGCCACGAUGCGCCCGGCCACCCCGGCCACCCCGGCCAUCCGUUCGCGCCAAACGUGAUGCGCGACUACGCCGACGAGUACAGCAACAAAUCCAGCGAGUUCGCCGCGAGCAAGUCGCUCUCCGACUAUCCGGCCGGUAAGCAGUUACCGGAGUAUGUGACCAAGCACGCGGACUUCCCCGGCAAGCAGCUGGACUACCAUGGUAAACACUUGAUGCACGAGAGCGAGCGGGCGCACAGGGCCGAGAUGGAGGAGCAUUAUUCCGCCUCCAAGAUCGAGUCGCGUCUCACGUAUGUCAGCGCGAACCCGGCCAGCUACUCGGGCCAGCCAAGGUUUCUCUCUGGACAAAGUAUAUCCCAGGCCACUGGCCCUACGCCUACGUUGAACCAGUUGUUGCAAGCGUCCACACCGGUGCAUCGACUUCAUGGAAAUUACCCUGGAAUGGCACCAGAGUCCUAUCAGCAGCCAUGGCCUAUGCAGAGGCCACCAGUUGUACCUCCUGUUUAUCCACAACCUAGCCAGCGUCCUCCACAGACGGGUUCACCAAGAUUACACGCAGGACCAGGAGGACAGAGUUCCCCAACACCCAUGCAAUAUCAACAGUAUACCCAACGAUAUUCCUCUCCAGCAAGACCUCAUGCACCCUACAGUCACCAUCAGUUAAACUCUUAUACGACGCAAACCAGUCAUCCAUCAAGCCUAUAUACAGAACAAAGGUGGAAUCAAGGUGGCCCAUCAAAUCCACCACCACCACCGAGUAAUCAAGUCACUCCUUCGGGUCAGUCACCACAGCGUGCUUUGUCUCAGUCACCAGCUCCACCACCUGCUGCAUCACCCCAGCCACAGGCUGCUAGCCAAUCCCAGGCUUUCCACAAUCUGCAACAGCGAGCGACAACACCAAAUACUCAAGGAAUUGAUUCAGGGGAGUUAUCAGGACAGAAUAGUAACGACAGUUCGAAUGGACCAGCUUGCCCAGGGACACCAAAUUCUCAGGGGAUGAGACCUACCCCGUCACCUACAGGAUCCACAGGUUCUCGCUCGAUGUCCCCUGCUGUUGGUCGGUCUUUUUUACGCCAACAAAACGUUCAGAUGCCUCCUCGUCCGUCGAGUAGUCAGUCGGAUGGUAGUGGACCAGCACGCAUGAGUCACUCUCCUAUGACCACUCAAGGAGCCUACCAGCAGCCAUUGGGUCCUUCACCACACAUGCACAGCUACAAAAUGAACAGCAGCGGUCCUGGCGUGGUGCAACCAGGACCCGGCUCGACAUCUCUUGGUGGCAUCAGCCCCAUGGGUGGUGGCAUGGGGUAUGCAGCCGGGGGAACCGCUGGCGGCCAGCCUGGGGGUUAUCAUGCGCAAUCUACGUAUCCACCUCCACGUCCUCAUAUGCAGUUUUCGCAAGGAUAUCCGACACCGACCAACUCACAACCACCACCUAACAACCAGUAUCAGCCUCCCAACAGACCUAAUAAUCUGGUACAAUACCCACCAUACACGCAUAAAAUGGGGUUCAACAGCGUGCCACCGGGGAUGCCACCCAGCCCGGGACCACCGCAAGUUUACGGUACCAGUGGUGCGGCAGGUAUGGUACCGCCGGGUGCUCCAGGGGUGCCCGUUAUCGGUAAUAUGGGGCCGCCAGCGAGCUCCAUGGGCCCACCACCGCCGUCUCCCAAUCACAUAAGCAACCAACCGCCACCUACCAGUUCAGCGGUGCCGCACUUGCAUACCCCGGCAGCCACACCGCCUCUCAAUCAUGAGGGUAGCCCGAUGCCACCACCGAGUACCACACCAAAUUCACAUCCUGCUUCAGCACCGACGCCAACUAGCCACAAUUCCGCAGAUCUCACAGCUGAGACUUCCAACGACAGUGGCAUAACUACUACCGCUUCAGGUACGUCAGCUAUAAAUGUCAUAUCUACUUCAAGCGGUACUGUCACGUCUGUAAUAACGACAGGUCCAGACGGCACGUCUCUGGAUGAAGGCUCACAACAGUCAACGUUGUCUAACGCAUCAGCCGCUUCUGGUGAAGAUCCAGCAUUUACGCCAAAAGUGCGGAAAGAAAUGAUGGGAGGAUAUCAUAGCCAUCCCGCAACACCGCAGAGUACAGUCCCGUCUCCUGGUGCUGCUAGCAUUAAUUCAAUUCACGAGGAAUAUUCUGACAUGAACAGUCCUGGUUGGCCACGUACUCCUGCUAGUCCUGUGUUUAACAGUCAUGUGCCUCAAGACCCGUACAGAUCUAAGAAGCCAGAUAGCCUGGCAAAAUUAUACGAAAUGGAUGACUCGAUGGAACGAAGAACUUGGUUGGACAAAUUGGUCACUUUCAUGGACGAGCGAAGAACACCGAUCACCAGCUGUCCCACCAUCUCCAAGAACCCCCUCGAUCUAUUUCGGCUAUACAUCUACGUGAAGGAGAGGGGGGGCUUCAUGGAGGUAUGCAAGGUAACGAAAAAUAAAACCUGGAAGGAUAUCGCCGGUCUGUUGGGCAUUGGUGCGAGCAGUAGCGCGGCUUAUACCCUACGCAAACAUUACACGAAGCAUUUGUUGGCGUUCGAGUGCCACUUUGAUCGCGGUGGUGUGGAUCCGCAGCCUAUCAUCAAUCAGGUUGAGGCGGGCUCGAAGAAGAAAGGAUCCAAGGGAACUGCUUCCGUACCAUCACCGGGUUCUUCCAAUUCUCAAGAUUCCUUUCCUGCUGCGGGCUCGAGCAACACCUCGAUGGAUGGUUACGGAAGUUAUCAGAGUAGUUACGCGGGUGGUACACCAGGUGGUCCGUCGUCGGAGUACACGCCACCUCCACCUAGGCCACCCAGUCAAAGUAGCGCACCAUCGGCUCAUCAAGGGAUACAACAAGGCAGUUACCAGAACACUGGCUCUUACCAGAACUACCCGCAAGAUCAGUACAUCCGGCCGCAGGGAAACGCGUUGUCUCAGCAAGGAGAGUUCAGUCAGCCGUACUCACCUAGGUCGCAUUACCCUCCAUACGUACCAGAUGUCGACAGAGGAUAUCCCGGCGGUAAUAUGCCGCCGAAUAACGCUACCGGACAGGAUAUGUACAACAGGUACACAAGUGGCCAGCAACCUGCUAGCUAUCCCACGGGAACACCGCCCAACGCGCGAAGCAACAGCUACCCGUCAGGACCACAAGCUCACCCGGCCACUGUGCAACAACAAACGGCGACCAGUCAGCCUUCCUCGCCCUCGCAGCCGCCAGCUGCAUCGUCAUAUUCCUGUCCGCAAGAUUACUAUCGACAAGAACAGAGUGGGUACGGGGCGCCCGGUGGAACUCAAAUAUAUACCGGAAGCGGAUCGGCUAACAAGAAUAUGCCACCGCCGCCUCCGGGUCCUACCCAACCUAGACGCCACCCAGACUUUGCCAAAGACCAACAAUAUCCUCAAUAUAAUCAACAACGACCAGCGUAUUCAGGAUGGCCAAAUACUACCAAUCAGUACAAUAGUAAUAGUGGAAAUAAUAGGGUACAAUACCCGACCCAGCAAACACAAUCGCCAUCGCCGCAACAACAGCAGCAGCAACAACAACAAGCAUCCCAGGUGGUGGGCGCCCCUGCACCACCCGCUUCAGCAGUGGUGGGCGGUAUGUCCAGUAGUCAACAGUGGGCCAGCCAACAAUCGAACAGGUCUUCGUCUCAACCAUCUCUGAACGCUAUAGCACAUGCACCACCACCGCCGUGGGAUCAUCGUUACACGAAUCAACCGUCCCCUUUAUAUCCAGCACCCGGAAAUCAUCAGAAUCAACUCGGUGUGAGUCCCAUGAUCAGUCAACAACCAACGUCAAAGAGAGAAAUGACAUUCCCUCCUGACAGCGUAGAAGCAAUUACGCCUCUUUUGUACAAGCGACGAAAACUGACGCGCGCUGACGUGACGCCAAUUGAAGCUUGGCGUGUCAUGAUGUCUUUGCGAUCGGGUCUCCUCGCCGAAAGCUGCUGGGCCCUUGACGUAUUAAACAUUUUGUUAUUUGACGAUUCUUCCGUAAGUUAUUUCGGAUUAGCACACUUACCCGGAUUAUUGGACGUUCUGCUGGAACACUUCUCACGCGCCCUCACCGACAUGUUCGAAACAUCUGUGAGCGACGACGAUCGUUGGAACCAAGCCACGGAUGGUCCGGAAGUGGAUCUCGGCGCGGUGACGCGUCCGAUCGAUCCCGAGGACCGGACGAAACUGUUAUCGACAUCGAAUUACACGUUUCUCUCGAGGAGAGGUCGCCCGGUGAAGAUCGUGCCUAGAGACGACGACUUGUUUGUUUUGGACAGCAGGAGGCCUUGGGAUCAUCAAGAAUGCGAGUCGGAGACCGAACCUUGGCAAGUCGACGCGAACGCGACCAAAUAUAUCGUGACGUGUUUCCAGUCUGAGGUGGGCACGGUGCCUUUCGCCCGCCUUCUGAGAGACGAAAAACCGCCGUUGUUGCAGAAGGAGGUCGAGAGCACGGAUUCUAAGGACGAAGCCAAAGUGGACGUCGGCGUCCUCGAGACGGUAGAUUUCACACACAAAUCCGGCGAGCUUGGCGACAAGCCCAGUAAGGACAGCGGCGAACGUAAGCAAUUGGACAAGAAGAAGAAAACAAAGACCCUCAGCGACGUGCUGUCCAGGAUCAAGAAGGAACCCUUGGAAAUGAACGAUCUCACGAGAGAACUGUUCGAGAAAAAGAAUGACGGCUUCAAGAAGGAAUGCGACAACGAGACGAAGGCGAACAAUAACAUGGGCGAGCAUUUCGGCAGCGGCGACUCAUCGAAGAACGACGAAGAUUCGCUGCCGACACAGAACGGACUGAACGACUCGACAGCAGUGUCGGCAAUGACGUCGGCAGUGGUAGCGACGAGCAAUAUCGACAUGGACAAGAUCGAGGUGAAGAUGGACCCGACCGAAGAGCACGAGAUGUCGACGAGGGACGACAAGGAGGGACCAAGAUUAAACAUAAGAGAUCCGGCCGGCACUCUGAAGCGACGGCGGAUAAGCGACUACGAGGACGAGAGUUACUCCAGGGACGAGGCGAGCCUCUAUCUGGUGACGGAGACGCAGGACAAUCUGGCCCGCCGUUGCGUGUGCCUGUCGACGAUCCUGAGGAAUCUCACCUUCAUCCCAGGCAACGAGGCCGAAUUUGCCAAGAAUGUCACGUUUCUUAGUCUGCUCGGCAAGUUAUUGCUGCUGCAUCACGAACAUCCGGUUAGGGCGCAGAAAACUCGCAACUACGAUCGCGAGGAGGACGCUGACUUCGCGGACUCGUGCAGUAGUCUGCAGGGUGAGGGAGAAUGGUGGUGGGAUUUUCUGCAUCACGUGAGAGAGAAUGUCCUAGUGAUGGCCGCGAACAUAUCCGGCCACAUGGACCUCAGCCAGCAUCCGGAAGAGAUCUCGCGACCUGUCCUCGAUGGUCUGUUGCAUUGGGCUGUGUGCCCAGCAGCACACGGCCAAGAUCCCUUCCCCACUGUCGGUCCCAACUCCUCGUUGUCGCCGCAGAGACUUGCGCUGGAGGCGCUGUGCAAAUUAUGCGUGACCGAGUGCAACGUAGACCUGGUAGUGGCGACCCCGCCGUACUCCCGAUUACAGAGACUAUGCUCCGUGUUGACCAGGUUGCUGUGCCGCAGCGAGGAACAGGUGCUGCGCGAGUUCGGCGUGAAUCUACUACACUUCCUGUCGGCCGCGGACAGUGGCGUCGCGCGCACCAUCGCCUUGCAGACACCCUGUGUUGCGUUGCUCGUCGCGUUCAUCGAACAGGCCGAGUCAAGCGCCCUCGGCGUGGCGAAUCAGCAUGGCCUAGCGGCGCUGCGCGACAAUCCAGAAUCGAUGGGCACCAGCCUAGACAUGUUGCGGCGCGCCGCCGGCACGCUGCUCAAUCUCGCCAGGCAUCCGGACAACCGAACUCUGCUCCUGCAACACGAGUCCCGUCUGCUCGCCCUAGUGAUGAGCCAGAUUCUGGAUCAGCAGGUCGCCGCGAUAGUUGCGCGUGUGUUGUUUCAGUGUUCGAGGGGCACGUAACUCUUUUGUCGGUCGGGACACAAUGAAGAUGACACGCUACGCGGAUGUUUAACGGUGCCGGCUUAGACGACGAUGAUAAGUAAGACGCACGCGACGACAAUGACGAUUAUGACUGCGUCGUUGUGAUGGUAAUAUAUGCUGUGUACUGCUAGUGUGUAAAAGGCGAAAAGAGAGAGAGCGGGAGAUAGUGAGAGGAAGUGGAGGAGAGAGAGUGUGUGUGAGAUAGUGAGAAGAGAGGGAUAUUUGUCGGAGAGUUAGAGAGUAUAGAAAGGAGAAGAAAGAAAGAAAGAAAGAACAGAGAAAGAAAGAAAGACAAGCAGGCAAGCAGGCAGGCAAGAGACACGCGCGACGAAACAGCGCACGAGUGAAGGAACAAAAGUGCUGAAUAGGCCAUGGCAGCGCAAUUGUAGUUUUAUAUCGAUUAAACAAGAAGUAAGAAAGUUUAAUUAUCGGUGUUAGAGCGUGUAGGUAUACCCGAUGCAAUCUCCGCCCAUCGGUAUACCUUCCCUUCGUGAAAUGAAUAAUAUCGAUAGUGUAAGAUAUUUCAUAGUUAAUGAAAGAAAAAAAAGAUACACAUGUAGACACGUGUACACACAUGCAUACACGCGCGUAUACACACAUGCAUAAAUACACGCACACGUACAUACACACUACGUGCAUGAAAACGCUCCACAUGGAGAUUAAAGUUACAAACAAACAUGUAGUUCAACAUCAUACAAGUGUACACACACACACACGC